AUUGUGUGUGGAGUUCAAAGUUUGGAUCUUUUUGGUUAAUUUGUGUGAUUUUAUGAAACUUCUCCUCCUUGUGCUUUUCAUCUUUGGUUGGAGUUCCAUGGUUUUUUUUUUUUUUAUUUCAAGCUUUUCAAGCAUGAAAUACCAUGCUGUUCAAUGGGGGAUGGGGUGUGUAUGAGAUGAAUAAUGCUUCUCCACUUCCCCACCCAUUCCCUUUUGUUUGAUCUUGUUCUCAUUGAGUUUGUGUACUUCUGUUAAAUCAGUCUCUCCCUCAAGGUCUGGUCACACACAUGAAUUCUUGUACCUCUUUUGGCCACAUAAAAUGACAGUUUCCAGUAGCUUCCCAUGGGGAUUGAAUUAGAUCAAGAGAAGAGGAGAAAGGAGUGAGCUUUUUCUUUCUCUUAGGUGUUGUGUUGUUUGGAAGCCUGAUAACAAAGUCCUUGGUUAUGCUGGAAGCUAAGCACAAGAGCAGGCCCAGUUGCAGUGAAGCUCUUGGGCUAUUUCUCUUUGGGGAAAGAGUGAAAUCCAUCUUCAGAUGUUAUCCAUUGAAAACUCUCCAGAUCCCUCAUGUCCUUGCAACUUCUCUGCUGUGAAGAGUGAUGAGAGGGCAACAACAGAUCCAGCAGCCCUUGGUGGGAUUCAAACCCCAAACUUCUCCAUAAGGGGUUAUGUACUUGCAUCCCGGAGUAAGAAUAUCACGGCGAAUUGGCCAUUUCCUCAGAAUUCUUUGCAGUUUUGCUUGAAGCAUGGCAUCAAUAAUUUAUUGCCACCUUUUGAGCCCCCCGGUUCAGUGAAAGCUCAGUGUUUUAAUAAGGGAAUUGUUCAACUUCAAUCUGAAGACCUUGAAAAUGGAGAUGCUCCAUUAGAUGAGGUACCUGAAUAUAUAAAAUCUGAAUCAUGUUCUCCAUCAAAUGACUUGGAAGAAGGGAAUGAAGUGGUUAACGAUGGUCUUUUGGAUGAUGAGGUGAAACAAAAUAUUGAGAGAAACUCAGCUGAGAACACUGAAGUUGAUCCGUUGUUGCAUGUUAACAAAGGUGAUUCUGAAGCGUCUUCUGUGCUAGAGGUUGUCGAGCUGCCUUCGCUGUCAAAGAGGCCGGAAACGUCAGAAAAGAAGUGCAAAGUGAUAGUGAGAGUAGGAUCUUUCUCUGGGAUCACUCGGGCAGAAGAUUUAGCUUCUACUUCUAGUGCAAUUUCAGACUCGAUGGCUUCAAAGGUGUGUCCUGUGUGCAAAGUGUUUGCAUCAACUUCGAACACAACUUUGAAUGCUCACAUCGAUCAGUGUCUUUCUUCUGAUACCAAUACUAAUAAUGUGGUCACCAAUUUAUCAAAAGCUAAAGCAAAACCGAGAAAGAAAAGGUUGAUGACAGAUAUUUAUACCACUGCCCCCCAUUGCACUCUCAAAGAUCUUGAUCGGAGGAAUGGGACAACAUGGGCUUCGGAUUUGUCUUUCGUAGCACCAGCCUCUGAGAUCAAUACCGAAGUUAAAAGGCCAAAGAUUGCACGACUGGAUAUAAAAGAUGAUGAAAAUGAUGGAGCGGUUUAUGUUGAUUCGAACGGCAUAAAACUUAGAAUCUUGUCUAAGUUCAAUGAUGCACCUGAAGUGAUGCCAAAGGAAAACUUUAAAUUUAGAAAGUAUGGAAAAGGAUUGAAUGAUGGAAAGAGUUAUUUGAUAGUUAAGAAAAAGCGAUUUGGACCAAAGUGUAUGAAAAUGAAGAUGAAGCCAUUAUUUAAAAAACCGGGCUCAUUGAAGCACUCGAGAGACAAGAUUCAAGCAGAAUCAGAAGAAGAUUGUCAUGAAGAGAAUCAAGAGGAGAAAGAAGAAUCUGUUUCAGAAAAGUCGGAUUCUGAAGACAAUGUUUAUGGCAGUGAGUCUUCGAGUUUAAGACAGUGGGCUUGCUCCAAAAGAUCAGACUUAUCAAAGAAAGUUGUCAACAGAGAAACGGAUGGAAAUGAGGUGGUGGACACUGAUCAUCCGGAGAUGGUUUGUGCUGAUGCCUCAAACUCAGUCCCGAAAACUACGAUUAUGGGUAUCCAAGCUAGCACCGAUAAUGUUACUGACAAUGGGAAGGUAAAUUCUCCAACACAAAAAACUGUCAUGAGACUGAAAUGGUCAUCAGAAGGUAGCCGUUCAAGUAACGGUCUUAUGCUUAAAUUAUCGAGAUCAGUGGGGACAUUUGUAUCAUCUCCUAGAAGUAAAAGGGCGGAGGUUUGUAGAAGCAGCUCACCAAAGAUUCCUGACUUGACGACAAGGGGUUCCAAGAGUAGUGACCCGUCAUUGACAUCUAGAAAAUGUUCAUCUUCAAACAGCAUUGUGAUCAAAAGGCCGUUCUCUUCGGGAGCAAACAAAGUUGAUGAGAAAGAGAAGCACUCUAUUCUGAGGAAGCUUCGCAAGCGGAGGUCUAUUAUGGGAACAUGUGGCUCUUCGCCAUCUGUGAGAACAAAUCAAACAAUCCAGACUCAUCAAUCUAAAUCUUUGGAUAAUGGUACUUUGUCUGAACAAGGCGAGAGAAGCAUGAAAGAUAAGGGAAAAAGUAAAGCGCUAGUGCUUGUGGAUUCUAUAGAUUCUGUGGAUGAUGCCCGUGAUCCUGUGAGCAGAAUGGUGAAUGCCAACAGCCUCACUCCAGCUUCCAGUGCUGAAUUGGAGAGAGAGCCAUCUUGUGAAGUAGAACCGCAAGUUAUGUCGGGAACUGAAGUUUCACUGGAACAAAAAACAUCAGGUGAUGAGCAAGUUAGGCGAAAUCAGGAGGAUAAAUAUUGCUCAGAUCAAAGCAAUAAUUGCGGGAUUGAUGCCUCGCCCAUUCAAGAGUCCAGUGCUUGCUUGAGCAGUCAUGAAGAUGUCGGUAGUGAAAUUCCUCAAGAGGACUCGUCAAUAACUUCAAAUAGGAUGAUGUCUUCGGAUACUGAUGAUUUAGCUAUGGAUCAGGAACCAUCUGGUUCGCCUGUUUCCACUGCUUCAACUAUUUCACCCUCUUCUCCAGUUUGUUCCAAGGUUAAUGAUUUUGUGCUUGAGCCAUCUGCAAAUUCAGUUCAGGAUAAAUUGAGCUUGCAACAAUCUGACACUUUGAAAAUGCCGCCUGUUUCAAUCAUGGAAGGACCUGAAGGAGCAAAGGUUGAGAGUAUGGUUGAACAAGUACCAGAGGGUCAGCCUUGCUGCUGUUCAAGAAGAGAAAGCGUUCCAAGAGAACCUCAAUUUUCUCGACACCCUAAUCUCUAUAUUCGGCCAAUUAUACCCUCUUUCGGCCCGGUUAUGGAUUCACCGACUGGCUCUAUCUCUACAAUGGCAUCCUCAGAUACUGCUGCAAAAUUCCCAACUUAUAAUGAUUUCAAUUCGCCAAGUCCCACCCAAUCCGCUUCCAAGCCUGUCCUGAGGCUUAUGGGAAAGAAUCUAACAGUCGCAAGCAAAGAUGAGCCUGGUUUGCUACCUAGUCCCGUAUCUGAUAAUACAGCGACACCAAAGUGCUUGUCUCCUCUUGCUUUUGCUGCAAAUAACAGUGUUAUGUAUCCAGAGAGCUAUUUUUACCAUAAUCCUUAUCAUCGUCAUCAGCAGCAACAGCAGCAUUUUGUUGGUAAUCCAGUAGUCUUUAGCCAAGCUCCACCGGUUAUGAACCACCAAAUUCCCUUACAUUCAUAUGGUAUGCAACUCGGUGGCUUUGCUCGAGCUUCUGUUCCUGCUCAGUAUUUCAGUAUGAAAACUGAGACUUCUCAAAUGCCGAACAGAAUGAGGGAGGUAAUUGUGAUUGAUGACAGUUCUGAUCACGAAUCAGUGCAGAGAUCUAGCAAUUCAGCUCCGUCUAUUCCCGCUCCAAAUCCAUUUUCACAGAGGCCAUUUCCUUGCUUUCCCCCGACACAUAGCCAGCUAAUACCAAAAGAGCUUUAUGGUAAUUAUCGACCAUCCUUCGGGGUUUCUAGUUCAAGGAUGAGCACAAUAGCAUUGCCGCGGGGAAGUGCAUUCCAGUUUCCUACUCCCACUACGCGCCCACCUAUGUUUUACCCUGAGACAAUGCGAUGAUCCUGAUUAAACACAAGCUGAAACACUCAUCAUGAUAAUCAACAACGCAGAAAGAUCGGUGAUGCAGCUCAGAACACAAAAAGAAAAACUAAAUACAAUUGGUAUGUCUGUUUUUACUUGGAGUUUCUGUUUAAUGUAUGAUAGAAUAUGUCGGCUUUGAACCUGCAAAGGAAAAACUUCCUCUUGCUGCGAAACCGCAGUCUUAAGCUUGUUAAAGAGCAUGUUGUUUAUGUAACUUGAUAAUAAUCCAUGAAUCUGACCAGCUUCUUCUCAA